AUGGCGAUGAAGAGAAAGAUUGCCUUGUCUUGUGCACUUGGAGUCGGUGCUGUGUAUGGAACUCCCAUGAAGACUGCCCAGUGUUUCGUGAGGGUCGAAGGCAGCACGAUCACCAUUGCGAGCACCAUCCCUGUCCUCCAGCCCUUGCUCGAGUUGAUCCUGCGACGCAACCCCUUCAGCACCGCCAAAAAUACGACCGAAGAGACGCCAAAGUUCUACGAGGACUACGCUUCUCAGAGGGAGUCUCGAGGAGGAAGCAAGAUCGAGCUUGGACAGCGCAAGCCCAGGCCGAAACCUAGGGACGACUUAGGCUUCACAAUCAUGGAGGAUGACAGCCAGGAGAACAUUCUACCCGAGUGCAAGAGGCCAGCCCCGGCGUUCAUGUCAGACAGGCACGAGACGACUCCGCCUCAGUCUGCGAAUGGUGGCAUCGUCCGAACCGACGUUGUCUGCGUCUCGUUCGAGGAUAGGGGUCCACUUGGAGAGAAGCUAGCUUCAAGUAAAUGGGACAUUGUUUGA